AUGGCGAGGGCACUGAGAUCGUGCAAAGUGGCACACCUACCUUCAUUUGGAAAAGGGCUCUUGGUGGUUUGGGUGUUGGCUUUGGCCAUAGUGGGGAAGAGGUUAAAGGAAUGUCUUUUGAGUGGGAGAGAGUUAGGUCCUCCCUGGAGGCUCCGAGGUGGCAGGCUAGACUAUCUUGGUGAAGUGACAAGAAUUGACUUCCGGCUGUUUUCUCCAGAUGACCGAGGCCCUGUGGUCAGGAAGCAGAGGUACGUGUUUGACAUCAGUGCUCUGGAGAAGGAUGGGCUGUUGGGGGCUGAACUGCGGAUCCUACGGAAGAAGCCCUUGGACAUGGCCAAGCCAGCGGUCCCCAGUAGCGGGCGGGUUGCCCAGCUGAAGCUGUCCAGCUGCCCCAGCGGCCGGCAGCCGGCAGCCUUGCUGGAUGUGCGCUCCGUGCCAGGCCUGGAUGGAUCUGGCUGGGAGGUGUUCGACAUCUGGAAACUCUUCCGAAAUUUUAAGAACUCAGCACAGCUGUGCCUGGAGCUGGAGGCCUGGGAACGGGGCCGGGCUGUGGACCUCCGCGGCCUGGGCUUUGAACGCGCUGCCCGACAAGUCCACGAGAAGGCCCUGUUCCUGGUGUUUGGUCGUACUAAGAAACGGGACCUGUUCUUUAAUGAGAUUAAGGCCCGCUCUGGCCAGGAUGACAAGACUGUGUAUGAAUACCUGUUCAGCCAGCGGCGGAAACGGCGGGCCCCACUGGCCAAUCGCCAGGGCAAGCGACCGAGCAAGAACCUCAAGGCUCGCUGCAGUCGCAAAGCUUUGCAUGUCAACUUCAAGGACAUGGGCUGGGACGACUGGAUCAUUGCACCCCUUGAGUACGAAGCCUUCCAUUGCGAAGGACUAUGCGAGUUCCCCUUGCGCUCCCACUUGGAGCCCACAAACCAUGCAGUCAUCCAGACCCUGAUGAAUUCUAUGGACCCUGAAUCCACACCACCCACCUGCUGUGUGCCCACACGGCUGAGUCCCAUUAGCAUCCUCUUCAUUGACUCUGCCAACAACGUGGUGUAUAAACAGUACGAGGACAUGGUCGUGGAAUCUUGUGGCUGCAGGUAGCAGCACCGGCCCUCUGUCUUCCAGGGUGGCACAUCCAGAGAGAACCCCUCCACAUGCUCCUGGAAUCACAGAGGGGUUGUGAAGUAUCCCGACAGCCUGCAGGAAAGGGGAUUUCAAUGGAUGUACUCUCUGGGUGUGAUCUGGGCUAACCGUGCCCCAUCUGGAGAUUCCUGCCCUUCUGCUCCUCUGACAGGCAGUGACAGGCCCAGAGAACAGACUCUGAGUGGGACUGGGACCCAGGAGAGGAGACUCGGGCCAUCAUCCCUCCUGCUCCGGCCUCCUCGGUCUCCAGAGGAGCUGGUGAUAUCCUAAGCGCUUCAUGGGACAGCCGCAGUGCCACCCCCUCCUUGAAUUACCUUUGUGCCUGGUGACUUUCCACCCGUAGGGCAGAUUAGAUGCUCUUUGCCUGGGCUGGUGGAGAAGGGUAAAGGACUUGGGUAGAGUAUGAGCCUAUUAGACUGUUAGACUAAAAUGUACGUUGAUGAGAUAAAAAGCUGAAUCUUCAUG